AUGAAGUUCUCCACCACCUCCGUUAUCCUGGCUGCCGCCCUCGGCGUCUCUGCCCACCCCAGCGGCCACGUCCACCAGCGCGCCCACAACUCUGUCCAGGCCCGCGGCGACUUCGUCAUGGCCAACAAGCCCGCCGUCGCUCCCACCUCUACCAGUGCUCCUGUCGCCACUCCUACUCCUUCUUCUGCUGCUCCCGCCAAGGACGCCACCUCUGGCGGCCAGGGCACCGGUGUCUCGACCUACACCAAGUUCUGCCAGGGUGGUAACAGCAAGCGUGCUACCGCCGCCGAGAUUGCUUAUAAGGGCAAUGUCGGUAGCGGCGGUGACUACGGAUGCAACAUCAUCGCCGUCCAGAACCACCUCGUCUCCCAGUACCAGUACACCAUGGUUUUCAACAAUGAGGGCGACGACGCUGAGUGCGCGUGCUGGAACAAGAUUGGACCUGAUGGCGGCAUCAACGGCUUCUUCAACGGCAACGAGGCCAUGAAGUUCUCCCUCCCUGCUGGUGGCAAGCAGACCGUCGCUGUCGACAGCAACUCUCAGAUCGGCUGCACUUGCGGCGCGGGCAGUCUCCCUUUGACCCCCAUUGGCCAGUUCGCCGGUACCUGGAUCGAAGGUGAUGUCGGCAACCUCUCCAACGGCGGUUGGUCUGGCUGGGAUGCCUCUUCCCUCGUUGCCGCCGCUGCCGGCAUGGACAUUCCCGGCCUCAAUGUCUGCGGAACUGGUGCCCAGGAGGGCACUUGCUCUACCAUCUUCCCCGGCGGCACCGGCAAGAAUGCCUUCAUUGCCGGUACUGCAGCCAUGGAUGGUCUAGGCCUCAACAGCCCCCCCGGCCCCCAGUCCGUCAUCGUCACCGUUGGAUUCAAGGGUUAA